AUGUUCAGCUUCAACCGCCCAGAUGACCCAGACGCAAACGAGAAGCCUAGUCUGCUCACGAGUUUUACACUCAAAGGAUGGCUAUCGAACAACAAAACGAAAACAGACCCAGAUGAUUCGAGUACAAACUCCCCUCAUGGUCGCGCCUGGAUCAAGGGUGUAGUGAUAUGCGCACGGGUUAUUACGAUCAUUCUGGCCAUAAAUAUCACCAUGGCAAUCACUGCCGUGGGCCUUGCCUAUUCAAAGAAUCGCGAACAAGAUUUCUCCUUCGCGGCGGUAUAUACUGGAAAAUGCUCCCUUGCUAAGAAUUGGAUGACGGGGCUACACCUUAUAAUCAAUAUCCUCAGCACGGUCUUGUUAGGAGCGAGUAACUACUGCAUGCAAUGUCUUGCGUCGCCGUCUCGGGCGCAAGUUGAUAAAGCUCAUAGCAAGCGCGUUUGGGUGCCUAUUGGAGUCCCAAAUAUCUGGGGCUUGCUUUGGAGCGAUCGGGGAAAGAGACAGCUGCUUGGGUGGAUGUUGCUGGCUACCUCACUCCCAAUUCAUUUGAUUUAUAACUCCGCUAUUUUCUUAUCAAACAGCCCGACCGAUUAUACGGUCCUAAUAGCACCCCCUGGUCCGAUGAACGGAACUGGAUCGGAGGGUUGGAAUAGUUGCUUCAAUGCUACCGUUGGCCUGGAUAUAGAAACAGUUAGGGCUGAGAUGAGCCGUUCAGAUCUGAAGAAACUUUCAGUGAAAGAUUGCAUUGAUACUUUUGCGCAAGACUUUGUAUCCGGGCAAAGGAUGGUCAUUUUGGUGACAGAGGAUCCAAUAUCAGACGGUGAGCCUUUGGCAUUCAUGGGACUGACAGAUCCCUUUGACUUCGAUCAUGUCGGCAGUUCCUUCUAUACGAUCAACAGGGGCUUUGAUUGGAUGUGUAGUGAAGAAGAUGUCUGCAGCAAGGAUUUUGUGCAUGAUAUGGUGAAAGGGAAGGAAUGGAACGUCCAGCCACUUACAGUGUAUACUCUAGAGGCAGAGGUACAGGUGCCUACCGAGAAUGGGUUCCAGAAUCUUUCUUGGCCAUUCUAUCCUGAAGAUUACCAGACUCCAGAUAUGGAACGCUUGAACGAAGUUCUGCAACAAGCUAGGCACGAGGGCGAGGUGCAAGCUGCACUCCAUGAUCCCUCGAGUUGGUCCAACGCUUCCUUCCCCGGAAAUGUCACGGUCUUUCGAUAUUCGUUUCAAUGUCCUGAGUAUUCUGGACUCGGCAGAAUGGAGCAGAAAGUUCGGAUUAAGCACUGUUUGACAGUUCCUAAGGACGAGUCCUGCCGACUGAUGUUUAGCCUGCCAAUCUGCCUGGUUGUCAUUAUGUGUAACUUGAUAAAACUCAUCUGCGCGCUCUUGACCGCACGCGAUGGUAGGGAGGAAUUGUUCCUCACAGUCGGGGACGCGAUCGCAUCUUAUUUAGCCUACCCAGAUCCGACGACAGAGGGAAGCUGCCUGCUGUCUAGGUGGCUGGUCGGCAAAGGGUCUCAGGGCUGGCGCAGGAAGACGAAAAAGAAUGACAUGUUGGGUGCUCCAUCACACUCAAACCUCCCACUUCAAAUAUCUCCCCGAAAACGAUGGUUUCAAGCCGCAAGCACGAGACUAUGGAUCUCUACUAUCACGCUAUUCGUCUGCAUACUCGUCCUGAGCAUCUUUGCCCUCGUCAUUGCCUUUUCCUCGUCCGCCGAUGUGUCUCGCGGAACGAUCUGGGAUAACACUAUUGGCGAACCGCGCCCACAAAGUCUGAUAAACAUGCGUACUCCAGACGGCGUAAUUGGAAUAUUCGUCAUGAUUCUCCUACCCAACGGACUACAGCUCUUCGUUUCAAUCGCCUACUUCAUGCUCAAUGCUCUGAUGACCGCUAUGCUCGGAGCAGUGGAAUACAACGACUACGCCCAAAAUCGCAAACCGUUGCGCGUUUCCUGGCCCGCGGCGCCCAACGCUCCACGUACUAUCUCUCACUACCGUAUCGAUACAGCUUCCCGCUCCUGA